AUGACUCUGUGGAAUCUUCAUCAUAAAAUUCCAAAACGUUAUGUACUUAGUUUACUUGCAUUUUUUGGAUUUUUUAAUGGUUUUAUUUUACGAUCGAAUCUAUCGAUUGCAAUUGUUUCAAUGGUUAAUCCAACCACUGAAAAAUUACCAAAUAAUACAAUCAAAAUAAUACCCCCUACGUAUCAUUGGAGUACAAAAACACAAGGUUAUAUUCUUUCCUCAUUCUUCUAUAGUUAUACUGCUCUUCAAAUACCAGCUGGAUUUUUAGCAACGAAAUUCGGUGGACGAAUUUUAUUUGGUGGUAGUAUUGGUUUAUGUGCAUUAUUAGCUUUAUUUACACCAUUAUGUGCUCAAGCUGGAUCAGUAGCAUUGAUUAUUCUUCGAGUUUUUCAAGGUUUUAGUUCAGGUUUUAUAUAUCCAUCACUUCAUUCUAUAUGGUCAAAAUGGGCACCAAAAAAUGAUAAAUCAAAAUUGGCAACAUUUGCAUUUGCUGGAAGUUAUACUGGUAUAUUUAUAACAAUGAUGUUUGGUGGACUUAUUGCUGUUCAUUGGUCAUGGGAAUGGAUAUUUUAUUUAUCAGGAGUAAUUGGUCUUGCAUGGACAAUAGCUUGGUUCUACAUAACUACUGAAUCGCCAUCAACUCAUCCGACUAUAUCAGAUGAAGAAGCAACAUAUAUUCAAGAGAAUCUAGUUCAAGCUAUUUCACCAACAUAUCCGAUUCCAUGGAAAGAUAUAUUAACAUCAUUGCCUGUAUGGGCUAUUAUUGCUGCACAUUUUGGAACUAAUUGGUGUAUCUAUUUAAUGCUUACUGAAUUGCCAACAUUUAUCACUCAAGCACUUAGUUUUCGAGUUGACACGGCCGGUUUAUUAGCAGCUAUACCUUGGUUACCAUUGGCAAUAUCAAUCUAUGCAUCAGGUUUUCUCUCCGAUAGAUUAACAGAAAAAUAUUCAACAUUAUAUAUACGAAAAUUAGUUAUGGCUAUAUCUUUUAUUAUAACUGUAUUGGCUUUACUUCUUGUUACUUUAUUACAAGCAAAACACCGAGCCUUAAUUAUAACAGGUAUUGUAAUUGCGACUGCCGGCUGUGGUCCUGCUUGGGCUAGUUUUGGUGUUAAUCAUCUGGAUAUUGGAGCACACUAUGCUGGAAUUCUAAUGGGUUUAUCAAAUAGUUUUGGAUCAGUACCAGGAAUUCUUGUGCCGACUAUAACAGGUUACAUCGUUUCUGAUACACAAUUAAAACGUGAAUGGAAUGGAAUGUUUAUGAUUUCCAUAAUGAUUUGUAUAUUAGUUUUAAUGUUUUAUACAUUUUUUGCUGGUGGUGAAUUACAACCAUGGGCAUUACAUAAUGAUGAUGAAUAUCAACAUGUUUUCAACAAUGCAGCAGCAUCCCGAGAUGUUGAUGAACGAACUGGUUUAAAUGAAAAUAAGAUUGAUGACUUAACAGAUCGUUUAAAAGCUGAAAUUCAUCAUGAAAAUAAUACCGAGUGA